UGGAUUAGUACGUUGUGAAAGAGUGUACAAGAGUUGAUAUAUAUAUGUAAAAUUCGUAACAUGGCAACAAAACACCGUGUUAUUAGCUCUAUUCAUUCGUCUACUUGAUAACAGUAUACACCAUGAAAUGUGGACGAUUGCAUGUGCACAACGUGUUAAAUCUCUCAGCUAAUUCUGUUUCAUCGUCAAGCACAUAUUUCCUUUUUUUCUAACCCCUGAUGGUCUACAACCACAAUGAGCAGGUCGAUCCUGAUGAAUUUUUACAAGCAUCUGUUCUGCUCAAGAACGGUCCGCUAGCCGAAAAAACAAAUCUUGUAGGUAAGAAAAGCGAAUUUAAAAAAAGUAACGGUGGAAACGAACGGGUUAUAUUGGAAGGUGUUGAUGAGUAUGAGAACGGUGCUAGUUUGAAGAGGGUAUUUGACAAAAUUGGUGAUGAAAUGCACAAGGAGCGUGUGGUUUCUGAGAGAAGUGGACAGGGCAUGGGUAAUCGUUUGGACCGUGCAUAUGAAGGUGUUAAGGACACUUUGAGAGUUGGCAGGCAUUUUGUGGAAGAAAAUAGAGGGAAGGGUUUUUAUGGUGUUGGAAAACACCAAAAAGAUGUUUUUGAUUUAAAGGAGCAUCUCAAUGUGAAUAGGAGGACAGAUGAUGUGCACAAUUACUCGCAAAUACAAAUGGAGCUGGAUAAAUUAAAAGAAACACAUAGACGCAUGUUUGCGGUUAAAGGAAAAAUAUACCUAGCAGUUGAAAAAGAGGUGGCUAAGUUUAAGAAAGAAUUGGAAGAGAAGAACGAGGUUGGUAUUAGAAUGAAAGACAGGGAGGUACAAAGGCUGAAUGAUGAGUUGGAGGUCCUUAAGAAGGACUACGAGAUUAUGAGGGAGGAAAGAGAUAAAUUUAGAACCGUGUACUUUAAACUGAAAGAGAAAUACAAGAACCGAAAGUAGUUUGAGCGUAGACUGCAACACAAUGUAUCUAGUGGAGCUAUUAAACUUCUUUUCGUCUCACAAAAGGUUAUUAAAGUGUUUAUCCUCGUACAGUCUAUAAGAGAUAGCUGUCCGUAUAUUGUGUUUAAAGCGUGGUGUGAUAGGUAACAGGUCCGGUUUCACAGUGCUGCAGGUCUAUUUAUGUGAUUUAUAUAUGAUGCUGUUUAAUUUGUCCGUUGUUUAUGAUUCGUGCAGAUGCUAU